UUUACUUCCGCUCGGUCUAUGAGGACUGAUGAAAUGUAGGAAAUCUGUUUCUGGCAGGGAGAAAAAAUCGUUUUCCCAAACAGCACUAAAAAGAGCCAUCAGAGAAGUAUGAAGAGGGUUAGUGCGGCUGUAGCUGCUGCCGCUGCCGCCAGGCUGGUGGGGUGCGGGGAGCGGCUGCUGCAGGACCUGCGCCUGGAGGGGGCCGGCCUCGAGAAGCUGCAGGAGCCCAGCCCGGAGCCCAAGCGCCUCUGAGAGCCGCCAGUAGCCCAGCUCAGGACGCGGGGGUAUUACAAGUGGAUAAAUAAUGUGCUCUGCUCUGAGCCCAAAGGUACGCAGUGGACCUGGCCUCUCUGAUAUGCAUCAGUAUAGCCAAUGGCUAGCCAGCAGACAUGAAGCUAAUUUGCUACCAAUGAAAGAAGAUCUGGCCUUAUGGUUAACCAAUCUAUUAGGGAAGGAGAUUACAGCAGAAACUUUUAUGGAAAAGUUGGACAAUGGUGCCUUGCUCUGUCAACUUGCAGAAACUGUGCAGGAGAAAUUUAAGGAGAGCAUGGAUGCUAAUAAGCCCACAAAGAAUCUGCCAUUGAAGAAGAUCCCAUGCAAAGCCAGUGCACCCUCGGGCUCCUUUUUUGCCCGAGACAAUACAGCAAAUUUCUUAUCCUGGUGCCGAGAUUUAGGGGUGGAUGAAACAUGUCUGUUUGAAUCCGAAGGUUUGGUCCUCCACAAGCAACCCAGAGAAGUGUGUCUCUGUUUGCUAGAGCUUGGCCGGAUUGCAGCCAGGUAUGGUGUGGAGCCUCCUGGUUUGAUAAAAUUGGAAAAAGAGAUUGAACAAGAAGAAACUCUUUCUGCCCCUUCUCCUUCACCUUCUCCUUCAUCAAAGUCUUCUGGAAAAAAGAGUACAGGAAACUUACUGGACGAUGCAGUGAAACGAAUUUCUGAAGAUCCUCCUUGCAAAUGCCCAAACAAGUUCUGUGUGGAGCGACUCUCCCAAGGAAGAUACCGGGUGGGAGAAAAGAUCCUCUUCAUCAGGGGUCUUCAUGGUUGUGACUAUAUCUCCACAGCCAAAGCAAAGCAGACAUUUAAGAUGCUGCACAACAAACAUGUCAUGGUCCGUGUGGGAGGAGGCUGGGAAACUUUUGCAGGGUAUUUGUUGAAACACGACCCCUGCCGAAUGCUGCAGAUCUCCCGUGUGGAUGGCAAAACAUCCCCUAUCCAAAGCAAAUCUCCAACUCUAAAGGACAUGAAUCCAGAUAACUACUUGGUGGUCUCUGCCAAUUAUAAGGCUAAGAAGGAGAUUAAAUGAAACAAGUUGGUCAUGACAAGGGGACCCUAUAAUGGCCUGUAUCUGCUUCUCCAGUAUAGUCAGUUUAGUUCAUAUGCUCUGAAAACUGUUUUGGAGAAAGGUAUAACAGACAGAAAAAUGUCAUCAUGUUGAAAAAUGUUCAAAGAGUAGCACUAUUUAUUUUUAAUGCUUCUGUAGAAUAUGACCUAUGAAAAGAAAUUCUAAACUCAGAUUUAAAUUAGACAAAUUUUAGGCAAAUUAUUUCUCAAUAUGUGAACAGUAUUUAGAACACAAAUAAUAUUAGAAACAAUUCUAGCUAAACAUAAACACUAUAAGGAGAAAACAUUUAGGAUUUGCAGAUAUGUCAACAGAAAGUGCCUGCUUUAUGUCCAUGAGUAAAAGCACCCCAGACAUUUUUAUAAUUGCAGGAUUUUUACACUGUUUUUUUUUUAACAAAAUGAUGAUUAGUGUGAUAAUGUGCUACCAAAAAAAUAUCCAACAGUACUACAAAUAAGUACAGAGUAUUCACAGUAGUAAUACAUUACUGGAAAAGCCACUUAGAAAAGUUUACAUUUACAUGGAAGUUUGCCUUAAAGUAUAUCUCUUAUCUAUGACCAAAUAUCUGGGGUACUUUUGGAAGUUGUCAGUACACCCCCUUAGAGAAUAGCUUAUGAGUUAUUUCACACAUUCCUGAGCACAUGGCUGUGUUUAGAAUGACCUAGUAUAAUUCACACAUGAGCUGACAUACGUUGAUAUUUUGAGUAAAUUGUACAGUCAACUCUUCAUUGAUUUCAUGUUAUUUCAAAGCAUUUUCUUAUUAAAAAUAUAUCUUUAGUUAAUCCUAUUUUGCUAUGCUGUCUAGUAAAUUCACCGUAGCUAAUGAUGUUACAGACUUACGUAUACCCUUGUAUACCUGGGACAGGGCUGUUUUAUACCAAUAAACAGCAAAAUAUAGUCCUUACUGAUUCAAUAAUUAAAAGGAUAAAUUUUUAAAACGUUA